UUGUACCUCCCUCUCUCUAUACUAAACUUAUACUACACAGACUAUAACUAUACACAUUAAAUUACUGAUAGUUGCAUGAAGAGUAUAUAUAUGGUGUAUGUGUGUCUUUAAGACUUCAGUGCUAUGUUUCUGGUAUGCAACUUCAUGGCGAGUUUUGAGGGUUUUUAGAUAUGGAAGAGAAUCGGUGGGGCUGUUCUUUUCUCUUCUUUUCCCUCAGCAUCAUGGAGGCAACAGAACUGCUUCACCUUUAUUUUCUCUGAAACGUUCCACAAAGCCUGAAACUUUUCUGAUCGUUGAGUGAAUUAUGCUAAAGAAGAGAUCGAGAAGCAAGCAAGCAUUAAUGGCUGAUACGAACCAGAAGCAGAGCAAACCCACGCCCAAAACGUUUCCACGCCUCUUCACAGCUUUCAGCAGCUUCAAAAGCUUCACUGAAAACGACGCCGUCGCGAGUCCAACCUCAAUCCUCGACACCAAACCUUUCUCUGUUUUGAAAAACCCUUUUGUAUCCGAUAACCCGAAAACCCACGAACCCGAGACCCGGCUCAAGCUCGAACACACAAGAAUCGGACUCGCCAUUGUCCAAGAUGAAAACCCGGUACCUGAAUUAUUCUCCCGACCAAGAUCCGGAACAAUACUAUUCGGGUCGCAACUCCGGAUCCGGGUCCCGGACUCUCCACGUUCCUCGUCGGAUUUCGGGACCAAGACGAAAAAUUCUCCGGUUUCCCCUCCGCCGGAAGAGACAAAGAAAGCGGGUAUCAGGUCGACCCGAAUCUUCACGGGCUAUUUCUCGACCGCCGAUAUGGAACUGUCGGAGGACUACACGUGCGUGACGUGUCACGGGCCUAACCCGAAAACGAUCCAUAUAUUCGAUAACUGUAUCGUUGAGAGCCAACCCGGGGUCGUUUUCUUUCGAAGCUCCGACCCGGUUAACGGUUCCGAGUAUUUACCACCUGACAGUUUUCUCAGUAGCUGCUGUAACUGUAAGAAGAAUCUUGGACCUCGUGAUGACAUUUUCAUGUACAGGGGAGAUAGAGCCUUCUGUAGCAGCGAAUGCAGGUCUUUGGAGAUGAUGUCGGAAGAAACUGACAUUUAAUUAAAUAAGCUUUUACUGAUAUUAAAAAGAUGUUAUGAUAAUGACUAAAAUAAAUAAGAAGUUGUAGUGUUAAGAAAAUAAUUAUGUUAAGAUAUAAAUUUUGUUUAAUGUUAUUUUUGUUGCUCAGGGCAGAGUUGGUAUCUGUAUCUAUCAAUCAAUCUAUGUGUAUUAUGUGUAUCCAUGGUGCAUAAUCAUAAACAUGUAAUAAUUGUAGAGAGCACAAUAAACUAAUACAUAUUUUGAUAUAUAUAUAUAUAAUAUAUGUUUAUUUAUUUA